UUGUGAACAUGUGUGCAAUGUCAUGGUAGUGAAAAUUUAAUGAGUAAAUGGAUGUGCUGUAAAAUUUUAUAUUGACUUUUGUCAUUUCAAUAUGAUAUAUUGUCAAAAUGACUGACAAUAAUUUAUCUUGUACAUGGAAAUGCAUUUUUAAAAUGUAUCGGCUCAAUCGCAUUGGAUUUUAACAUAAGUGAUAAGGAAACUAUAUUUUUCUUUGUUGAAAUUUAUUUUUAGUGACUGACAUGUGCAGAUCAAGUGGAACCAAAUAAUGUGCUAUAGCAGUGUCCAUAAGAAAAAACGUGUGGUGCAAGUGGCCUGAAAAAAAAAUCCCUCAGUAGAACAACUUAUAUUUACUGACUGACCAAAAGGAGGUGGCAAUGAAGGGGCAUCAGACUGACCAUAGAGGGAGUGGUCAGUCAGUGGUGGACACCAGAUUUUCACUGGUGGACAUCCUUACAUAUCAUGGAUUUUUUUACUCAUAAGAUAUUCUUGAUGACAAUGGAUAAUUUAUGCGAAUCUCAGAACUUUAUCAAAUCAGGGAUGAAUUAUAUAUUUAAUAUGAUGACAUAAUGGACUUAUCAAGGACAAGUGAUUCUCAGGGAUUCAUCAAGAAUUCACCAUUGACCUUGAAUUAUCCCCGAACAAGUGAAGGUCAUAUAGCGAGUUCACCAUAUACACACAGUAAGGAAGCUGCUAAAGAGAUAUUAAAUUCUCAGGGACUUUUAAACAGCAUGGCAUUGAACUUUAGUACGAAAGUGGAAGGCCAGCAUAGUUCAUUCCCAUAUGGACUUAGUGGUGUGGCCAUGCCCAAUUACGCAUAUACGGGUGAUUUAUAUCAAUUUACUUCUAACGGGUACCCAAGGAAAUCGAGAACAUGCAGUUACUGCAGUAAAGUGUUCACUCGAUCAACAACGAGACGUUAUCACGAGAAACGUUGUCCACGACUACGUGCAGCAGUGUGUGGAAUUGUUCAAGAUGAUGACAAAAAAUCAAAAUUUCCUCAACUUCCAUCACCGCAUGGAAGGAACAGUAUAGAAUCGUCUACCUCAGGAUAUGAUAAAUUAUCAGGGAAUUCAUUAAAACCUCAUUCGGCAUCUACCUCAAAGUUGUCCUCUACCAAAUUCAAGGGAGACGACUCAUUAGAAAAUACAGCUAGUGUAAUCAUGAAAAAAGAAACUCAGGAACAUUUAGCAUCUCUGUAUGCAGACAAAUCACGAGAAAUCAUGUCUGACUCUCAUCCCAUGUCUGAUCUCCACGCAGCUCUCGCUGCAUAUAAACAAAGCAAUUUCAGAAAUAUUUCACUCUCUCCAUUCCAUUUAGGGGCUGCUAUGGACUUCAACAAGUCUCCAUCACGUACAUCUAGUGGUCACCGUGACGAUCAGGAAUCAAUAUCAAAUGAUGAAGGGGCUAAUAAUGCCAAUGGAUCUGAUGGGGAAAAUUUUGAAAAACUGCGACACAGUAUUGAAAACGAUGAUUUAAAAUUUGAUGAAAUGAGUAAGCGAGUUAAAAGAGAAUCACCAAGCAGUGAUGGAAGAAUGAUGCCUAGCUUUAAUGAGAUUGGCAAAUCUGAGCAGAAUAAUAAUGGGGAAAACUUAGAUCAGUCAGGGAAUGCCUCCAUUAAAUGUGGUGUUUGUGGAAAAAUGUUUGCCUCCCAAUGGCAGCUACAUGUUCAUGAACAAAUACAUACGAAAUUUAAACCAUACGCUUGUCGGUUCUGUGGAGAAAGAUUUUCGAAGGCAGCACUCCGUAUUCAGCAUGAGAGAUUACACGAGACCAAUACAAAUGACCAGGAGGUAUUGGUUAAUGCAGAACAUACCUGUGUUAUAUGUGGAUCCUCAUUUAAGAAAGAUAAUCUACGUCUACACAUGCUGAAAUAUCAUAAAGAUGGGCCGUGGUUGUGUAGGGAGUGUGGAAAGGCAGCUGUUUCACAUCAAGAUCUCCACGAUCAUUUGAAAAGUCAUGACCUCUCAUCAACAGAGGCAGAGUCUCUUCAGUAUUUACUAGAUAUGGCUAACGGAACGUUGACAGCGGAGGUCAAUGGGGUCAAUGACGACAUGGAAGAUGAGGAACUAGAGGGAGAAAACGAAUCUGAUUCCAAUGAAAAUUUAACAUCUCCUGAGCAAGAAUCACCAGCUGAAAUGCCAAUGAAUAUAGAUGGAGAGGUUGAUCCUAAUGAAGAGAAAGAAAUGUGCACCAUCUGUGGAAGAGAUAUACCCAAAAGUCACAUGGGAUAUCAUUUGAAAUCACACGAAGGCCAGAAACCAUAUGAAUGUCCCAUUUGUAAGAAACGAUUUGGGUACAAAAACAACAUGAAGUCUCAUAUCAAACUCCAUGAUGGGAUUAAGCCAUAUCAAUGUAAUAUAUGUGGAGCCAAGUUCACUAGAGGAUCAACCCUUAGAAGACAUGCCAGGCGCCAUGGUAUAUCGGCAGAGAGCGUAUGGGAUCUGUUUGUUAAAAAUGAUUCUCAACAAUCAAACCAUGUCAGUAGAGAAAAUCAUAAAACAGAACUGAUGAACCUCUCUGGAUCAUCAAUGGCAGAAAUUCCAAAUUCAAAGUUUACUGACACCUCACCUUACAGUAACUUUAACAAUUUGUUUUCUCAUCCUACCUCAGUUGCAAUGUCCAAUGCUUUAUUUAUGAAUUACCACAAUCAGGCCAUGGCUGGCGCCUCACUGCCGUCACUCUACUCCUCCCUUCAUACUACCUCAGAAAUUCCACCGCCUUCAGCGGGGUUUGACACCUCUAGUCAGUCACCACAGAAGGAUGCGCUCAAUUUAUCAGUUCAUAAACAAGAUGCGGGUACAGACAAUGAAAUCCCUUCACCUACCUCAAUUAGCCGAUCAAGGUCAAGGUCAUUGAGUGGAUCGGAGAGUAUCAAGAAUGACUUUCUGGGUACCAGUUUGAAAGUAGACUGUUCAGAUGUUGGCAUACAAGUUAAAAGCUGCUGUAAAAUGGGAAUGGAUAUUCCCUUGAUGAUGGGAGCAUGUAGUCCCAGCGAUAAUGCCAGUAUUCAGUCAGGAGAUAGUGCUGCCAAUCUAGCAGCAUUGGAGAACUCACCAGAUAAUAUUGCUUCAUUACUUGCUGGGGGUAAACUUUUCAAGUGUGAACAUUGCGAAUGCUACUUCUCAGAAUAUGCGAUGUACAGAAUUCACUCGAAGAUUCAUCCAGGAGGCAAAUCCUCGCCAUUUUCCUGUCCGAUAUGUAGUGAAGAUUGUCAUGAUAAGGUGUAUUUUUCCUUACAUGUAUCUGAACAUUUACGAUGAUCCUUCUAGAUGUAGAAGUAGAAGAAUCGAAGUAGUUAUUAGAAAGAAAAACAACUUUGUUCGUUCAACCUCGGGGAAUCAUUAUUUUGUAUUGUUUUUGCAGUACACUGUUUUUGUGGACGUUCACUAUUGCGGGUAUAUUGAUAUUGUAAUUGAAUUAUUUUCUGUCCACAUGAAUAUGUGUAUCGUAUAUUUGUUAUUAGAAAAUUGUGAUUUAAUAUGUAGAAAGGCAAAAGGUUUUGGAUUUCUAGCAAUUGUUUAUUUUAUAAUUCAGCAAAAGAAAUUUCAACCAAUUUGUGAUGAAAAAUAUUUGACACAUCUUGCAGAUCUCUAGUUUUUUGUUUGUAAUAAAUAUGAGAGUUGAACAUUUAUAUUUUGUUGCCUCAUAUUGUUUAGAUACUAUAAACAAAUUUAACUUUUUACCCGGAACAAAUAAAAAUAAUAAUUUGAAAUCUAAUUUAGUAUUUUAAAAGAAAAAUUCUGUUUUGUUUGUCAUUUCUUGGAACAUUUUGUAAAAGAAAUCCACAUUUUUUUGUUUCUUACUGCAUAGUAAUUUCACUGUUUUUUACUGGGUACGAGUUGUAGAAUAAUAAAUGCAAAAGUUGAUUUUUUUUCAAUUUGUUGUAAUUUGUAAAUAGUUGAAUUGAUUAUAUAUAUAUAUUUACAUUAUAUUAUAUACACAACAGAUAUGAUGGCGAAGCAACAUUUUUUUAUCAGGGUAAAAUUCUUGCCCACAAGAUACCUCUAAAACUACACUAUAUAUGGUAGAACUCUCAGGUUAAGAAGGAGUUAAAAAAGUAUUUUUUAAAUUUCAGGGGAUAUAUUCAUUGACCAUUUACCCAACCUCAGGCUACAAUAACUACAUCUUAGAAGUGAUUUAUUCAGUCAGACAACUCAGGUUAAGAAGGAUUUACAUUCUUAUCAAGACAUACUUUUCAAACUCUGCAACAAUGAUCAAGGGGGAACAACUUUGAAAUGUCAAUAUUGUUUUUAAGGGGAGAUAAUUUAAUAAAUGCAUGUAACUAAAAACAAAAAUUAAUACAAUAAUUUUGGAACCUUGCAAAUUUUCAUUAAAUUUAUAAAUAAGUUUGAAAAUUCAUAUAUAUACAUAUGUUGAAACAAUUUUUUUCAAAUAAAAAAACUAAGUAUUUUAUAUUAUUCUAAUUAGACAUGGUCUUUCAGGAAGAACUUUGGCUUAAACCUGGCUUUACACCAAGUUCAGAAAAAGACUUCUUGACCAAAGAAACCCCUGUCUCAUUUUAAAGUUAGUAAUUAUUUAUUUACCAGUAUACCUCAAAUUGGACUCCCAAUAUUUAUGAGUUUGGGUCCAUGUUAUGCUUUUUAAGCACUGAGCCAGCUUAUUUGUAUAUAAAAUUUAAUCUUGUAAUAUAAUUGACUCAGCUUGCUCUUUUUAUGCCAUUGUUCUAAUAUAUGACCUCGACAGUUAAAUGUAGUAAAUAUUGUAAAGUAUCUAUAUCUAUAUACAUAUAAUUAUAUAUUAGUAGUAAAUCCAUGCCUAAGAGUGGAGACUUGGUUUAAAAUUUCUCCUCAUUUCAUUGUUUUAGCACUGUGUUGGUGGAAUGUCAGAUACUUCAGGUUAAGAAUACCAUGUGACUUUUUAUUGAGCUAAAAUUAACAAAUGAAUAUAUUUAUUUUCAUGUGACUUCAUUUCUAGUCUGAUGUUCUUAAAAAGGUCUUAUCUUUAAUUUGUUUAUUGCUAUUACUGUCUUAUAGUUUUCUGUAACGGACAGUUAAAGAUAGAAGGCAAACAUUAGAAACUGCAAAUAGAAUGAAAAGACAACAUCAUAGCCCUCCCCUCCUCAUCCAAAAACAAUGUCCCCCCCCAAAAAAAAUCUAAAAACAUUACAUGCUAAUCCCUUCUUUAACCAAAAAUAAACUCAGUUUCCUUUAAAGAGUAUAUACACUCUGUUUUUUGUAUUUUGUGUCAUAUUUAGUCUACGAAUUUUGACAGCUUCAGUUAUGAGGUGGGAUAGGACCUUUAUCGAGACUCUGGGAUUGAGUGUUUUUAAGCUUGGAAUUUCGGGAUCUGGGAAUUCUUUUUUCGAAUUACGGGAUGUGGGGAUUUAAAUUUAUUCAAAUUGAGGAUCUCAGGAUCUAAGAAUUUCCUGUUUGUUAAGCCCUGGAUUUCAAGAUCAGAAUACCCCACCCCCCAGUAAUAAAACAUAGAAAUGGAGAGAAAUAUUUAUUGCUCAAGUCAGUUAUGCACUACCUCUGUUGAUGAAAUACCUCAUAAAUAUGAUGUUAUAAAUAGUCGUGUUUUCAAUUUAUUUGUUGCACUUUUUCGCUCUGUAGUUUUGCCUCAUAAUUAUACAUAGAGCUCAUGUAACAUUGAAGAAUUACCUCAUUUCAUAGUAAUAUGUUCUAGAUAUAUAUCUAUAUAAAUAUAUAUAUAUUUGAUUUUUUGUUUUGUUUUGUAUAUUAAAAUUGAUGAUUUUUUAAUGAUAUAUGCCUACUGCUUAUGAUAUUGUAUAUGUGUUUUUGACUAGUGGCGACUUGUGGACUUGAAAAAAAUCAACAAAUCUUGGCCAAAAUAUUGUACUAAUUUUACAUGUUUUUUUUAAUAUAGAAAAUACUAUUCAGGCUGCUGGGUAUUUCUUGGAUUACUUGUUUGAGUAGCUUUUUUUUGGAGGGGGGGGGGGUUUUCUUUCUAUGUAUUAGUUUGUUUUGAUUUAGAAGAUUUAUGAAAUUUUACUUUCACUUUCAAGUUGAAAAAGUUUACCUGACAGUGGAAACUAAACUUACUAUCAUCACAAUAUUCUUAUUUUGGAAUCAAGAUAGAAUUCUAAGGUUUUACAUUUUGUACUUCAUAAUUAUUACACAUGACAAAAUUGCCCCUUAAAAUCUAAAUAACAGGGUAUUAUAUAAGUGAUAUUUUAAGUUGUUUUGACCAAGGUUUGUUGAUGAUAUUAAGCUAGAGGUAUGUUUGUAUGCCUGCUACCACAUUGUGUAUGUACAUUAGAUAUGAAAAUUUUCCUUGUGGGUAUUGUAAAAUGUGGAUAGUCUAUUUAGAACUAUCAAAGUAUACCUCUUGUACAAUACCCAUCAUGCAAUUGUGUCGAAACGGGUCCGUAUUUAAUCAGAAUUUAUUUAUAUUGAAAGAAAGUUUGACCUUUUCUACCUCUAAAAGAUAUAAAUAACUCUAUACGCAAAGAUGAUCUUUUAUCUCUAACGCAAACAACAUUACCGGUCUAAGUCACAUUUUUGUUAUUUACAUUCACUUUUAUUUACAUUUGUUUAUUAAGUUAAAUUUAAGAAUAGUUGAAAUGUUAUUUCAUCUAAAUAUAGAUAUUUAAGUACAGAAUGUCACUUUUGACCUAAAAACUUACCUGAAAUUGAUAUUUCCAGAGCUCCAGUAUUUUUAUUGGUGAAGCAUUAUUUUGCUCAAGUUUAUGUACAGUACAGUCUCAUAGAAUAUUUCCCUCAUUUAGUGCUACUUUCCCUUUAUACCUCAUUUAUAAUCUGGACAGGUUUUAAUAUAAAUCUUUUAUUGUUUUGCAAAAGGAAAAUAAAUAUUUUUUUUCUUAAUAUUAUAUAUUCCAAUUGAAUGUGACAUGAAAUUUUAAAUUUUGGCUUGUCUUUUUACAAGAUGCUAUCAUAUCUUUUACCUCAUAUAUCAACUAAAUAACCCAGAAAACUUACAAAAUCUUUUUUUCAAGGGAGAUAAUUUCCUUAUUUAAAGGGGAAAAAAUUAUAAAAAUAUAGUCUGGGUACCUAGCUCACUGUUAUAAAAUAAAACCAGCAGAAUAUAUUUUACAAUUAUUUGAUGUUAGAGAAAAUGCCCUUUAAGAAAAUUAAACUGCCAACAAAUAUAAUUUCUAUUUUUUUUUAGUCUGCCAUGUUUUGGUUUAAAUUGUCAAAACUCAUGGAAAAGGAAACAAUCUAAUAUAGUAAACAGUCUACUUUUUUACAGUGAUAACUUUUAUUUACGUAUUUUUCUCAUGUCUAGUAAAUUCAAUUCUAACAAGUCUUCAAAAUUAGUCAUCCCCCUGACUCUUCAGUGUAAAGCUGUGUUUUCUCCACUCCAGGAUUCCAGGCUGAAAUAAUAUUUCUGUCUCUUCAAUAACAUCUGCAUUUCAUAUUUGUAUAUUCUACCUCAUAUUUUGUUGUUUUAUAAAUAAUUUAUUACAUUGAAUAUCUUUGUUGGGACCCUUAACUUACAGUCGUUAAGUAAAUAAAUGUAUGUAAUAUGUCUCUGAAAGAAAAUCCUAUGAAUGAAAAAAAUUAUAUGAUGCUGUUCGAGUUCUGCUCAAUGACAGAUGUAUGUGUAUAAUUUCUUAAGUUUUUUCAUCAUAUUUUGUAUUUUCUGUUGAAAGGUCAUGGUAUAUUUUACUUUGCAUCUUCAAAUUCACUGCAGCAAAAAAAAUCCAUAUAAGUGAAAUCAACAAAUUCUUAUUGUACACUGACAAAAUGAUAUUUUUAGAAAAACUAACAUACAGUUUACAUGUACCAUCUUUAGAUUUGGACUUAAAAGAAAGAUUUUCAAAACAUUUAUUUACUCUUUCACAGCAAAAACAAAAAACUGCAUUUGUCUGUAUUCUUUGAAUGUUUAGAAGGAUAUUUUAGGAUUAAAAAAAUGUAAGAAUAUAAAAAGCAACAUUUUAAACACAUGUCCAUAACAGUAUACACAUGUUGACUGCAAGGUCUGUGACAAUGUUUACAUGUAAAGAAUUAUUUUGACCUUGACACUUGUUGCCGCUGAGGUGAAUUUGAGGGUAAGAUUUUUACUGUGCAAAUGUAGACCAAUUAUAAUGGGAUCAGCUGUAAUUUUUGUUGGUGGUAUUGUUGCUAAGGAGUUUAGAAAUACAUCAGAAUUGAAAUCAAAAUGGUCAAUAAUUCAAAAGUUUCAAGUAGAAUAAUUUUUUUUGUGAACUUUUACAGCAAAACAUAGAAAAAACCAAUAUAUAUGUUUAAGUACUGUGUAUAUAUGUAUAAACAAGAAGAUUUUCAUUUUAGAAAAAGUAACACAACAAACAACAAAAUCUAUUAAUCAGUAUAAGGGAGACAACAAAAUUUGUUAAUCAGUGUAAGGGAGACAAUCAUGCUUUUACAGUAAAAUUAUUACUGGUUUAAAUUUUGAAUUGUUCACCAUUUUGAAGUUGUAUGUAUAGAAAGGACUAUAAUUCAGUGAGAAUGUGUUUAUAUUCAAGUCCUGCUUGUUGUAUAUAUAUUUUAGAUACCAGACACAAGUUGUUAAAGUUUUGUUUUAGAACUGAAUCCAGAUGAAAGAAGAAGCUUCUUAUUGUUUUUGUUUUUUUCUAUUUUUUUUAAGGUUUUCUGUUGAUGAUGGUGGCUUAUGAAUGACUUUUGGAAUAUUUCAGCCGUAACAGUAUAAUUUACAUUUACAUUUAAAUUAAGAUAAAAAGAAAGUUUGGAAAUGUUUUGAUUAUGUGUAAAUGCAGAAAGAACUAUUAAUGUUCAACUUUUCACUAGAAAUUUUUCAAAAAUCUAUUUAGUUUUUGUAUAAGAUUUUUUUUUAUACUGCUAGAACAUUCUAGUGACUCUUAUUAUGAAACAUUUAUUUUAUGUUUAUAAACAUUGGCUUUAAGUAGAAGUUAAAGGCAGUCAUUCAAAAUCCAUUAGCAUUAACAGGAACUAAUACCAGAAGAUGAAGUAAAAUUUCGAAGAAAAAUAACUAAAACAGGUGCUUGUUUUUAUUUGGUGACAAAAAUAUUCCAGAUAAAGUGUGAUAAAACAGUUCUUUACCGGUUCUGAGUUUUUUUAUUAUGUUGCAAGGGGCCAUGUGAUUAGACAAAAAAGGGAGAUAAUUUGGAAAUAAUAUUUUUUUCUGGGAAGUAUGAAUUACAUUUUUCUGAAGUAUUAUACAUUUUGAUCUACAGAAGAGGAUCCUAAAUUUAUGUAAAAAUUUAUAUAUGUCUAUCUUAUAUAUAGUAGUUUCUCUAUAUUCUAUUGUUCAUAUAUAUUUUUUGUUUGUUAUGUCAUUUUUGUUACUCAUUAUUCUUUUUAUAUUACUUUUCAUGUUUACGUCUGAUGGAGGGCCUGACCUUCAAAUGGCAUGCAUAAUUUAUUAGUACAGGGUGUUCUAUAUUUUCUCUAAUCUAAGGCUCAUUUCAUCGCAGAUUCAUUCAAUAUUUACUCCAUUGCUUUUAGGAAACAUAUCUAUACUGUUUGUUUUUUUUGCUUGCUAAAAAUAUUUCAAAUUUAUAGUAAAAAUUUAGAAUAUGAUUCAAAAUUCAGUAUUAGGAAAGGUCAUUUGAAAUUAUACUCAUCAUUUUUAAAUAUUUUUGUCUUCACUUUUCACAAAAGAUUGCAUCUUAUUUUGAUAUAUGUCAUACUUCAACCAUUUUGAUUGGUUGUUUGAAGGUCAGACCUCAGAAGAACUACAGCAUUGUUAUUAAGGGGAAAUAACACCAUCUGUUACAAAGGGAGACAAUUACAUCUAUUGUACAGAGUCUAGUUUUUCGUAGUACACAGACUAUAUUGUUAACUAGAUAAAUGGCAUCUGCCAUACUUGUAGCCAUUAACAGAAAAUAAAUAUUUUCACAUA